GUGUGCUGCUGCCUGGCUUUAAACCAUAACUCCAUACAGCUAGUACCCCGGGCCAAUUGCAAAGGCAGUCUGUAACAGUCCCAAGAAGAAAGCAGCCCUUGUAGAUGGUUGUGAAAGGGAUUUUCUGCUGUUUGCUCUUUCUCUUCACUCUAUUACCUGGUAGCUUCUUCAUCCAUUGGCAAGACUUCUCCCUAUAUACACAAAACAGCUUUCAGUAUUAAAUUCUUCACCACUGGGGUAUGAGUAGGGUGUGUGUCCAAACUCUCUGGCACUGAGUUACGGCUAAGAAAGAGUUACUCAGCCUCCCCACUCUUUUUCAUUUUUACAAAGGUGUCAGGAAUCCAACCAGUUAAACCGCAGGCCCUUGAGUUCAUGCACUGACUCCAGCAUGAAGCUAUUGCAAACUCUUGGGAUCAUGUGAUGCAACCAGUUCUUCAGAGGCUAUUAAAUCCAGCAGCAGACAGAGAAAGUUUUCAGAACUCAGGAAACUGGUAGAUGAGCAGUCUUCUCAGGAGCUUUGGGGAAGCGCAAAAUUAUUUGCAGACUCACGUUCCUAGUUUUGCCCAAAGAGAUCUGAUGUUCAUGAUGGAUCAUCUAAACAUGACCCAGCCCAUGCUUGCUGCUGACAGCUCAGGCCUUGCUGCUGCUUCCACUCAUGAGAAGGGUGGAGGCCAUGGAAACGAAUACUUCUAUGUCUUGAUUGUGAUGUCCUUCUACGGCAUCUUUCUAAUGGGAAUAAUGCUGGGCUACAUGAAGUCCAAGAGGAAAGAGAAGAAACCCAACCUGCUGCUGCUUUACAAAGAUGAGGAGAGGGAGUGGGGACAGGCUGUCAAGUCCCUGCCAACUGUCUCGGGACUGAGGUCUGUCCAGAUCCCAAUGAUGUUCAGCAUGUUGCAAGAGAGCAUGGCACCUGCUCUCUCCUGCACCCUCUGCUCAAUGGAAGGCAGCAGCGUGAGCGAGUCUUCCUUGACAGAUGCUCACCUCACUAUUCAAGAGGAAGUGCCUGAUGCUGAGCUGGGGGAAGCAGCCGAAGUGGCUCUCCUUGACGACAGCAGUGAAGGUUCUUCAGAAAGUAUCCACCAAAAUUCCUAGCGCUUGCAGGAUCUGGACACAUGGCGUUUUCUGAAAGAGUGGAACUAAAGGCUAACCAUUUUCCAUUUUGCCAUCAGGGAUGGAAGGGGUGGCUGGCAUGUUGCUGGAAGCAGGAAGGAGAGGUAGCAAACAGAAAUAUAAUGGAACAGGCAAUUGUUACAUAUCGUAGGAUGGUUUUGUUAUUAAGGAUGGAGGAGGGGGGAUAUUUCUCUCCUUGAAAAUAUGUUUGUAUAGCCUCUACUUGCUUCAGAAUGCCGCAAAUGUCUGGGAAAUAGUUGAGAAAUGUAUGGGAUUGUUUGCAAAUGAGCCGCAUUUCAACAGUCAGCCUCAUGGAUCUCUGUGCUUAUGAAUGUUUUGCCCCCAUAAAACCACAGCAUGUCUAAAAAUGACCAGUUAAGAAAAAAGCUUGUCUUCAGCAAUGUGGUCACCAAGGGCAGGAAUAAUGCAGUGCAAACGGAAGGAGCUUUGCUUUAGUCAAUGACUAAGCAGGAGCACAGCUGAAAGCAUUCUUAAUUAUCAGAUAUGUAGGGAUAAAUAGGGUAUAUCUGUGCAAAAGUUGCCUUUUGGGCCCAGAAACUGCCAUUUCAGAUCCCACACCACCCCAUAAUUAGCACAGAACAUCAGGCUUUCAGACUAAGUUAGUAAUGCUUGAAAUCACUAGCACUUAAGUUAGUCACUACUACUGUGUUCCACUAAUUUCCAUGGGACUAAAGCCUGACUAGCUUUGCCUGAAUCCAACCUCUGGUUUGCAGAUGCACUUCAAACCAUGAUUCCAAAUCAUAGUUCAGCUUUUUAACCAUAGUUUGGCAUUCGUGUCUCUGAACUGAUCCAUUCUGUAUGUGCAUUCUACACAUUCUUGUGCUUUGCCUGUUAAACCAUUGCACGAUUUUACAAUUGUCAUAAAGGGUUUAAUAGCAUUGAACCAGAGGAUGAUUACUUUGAUCAUGUGUUGCAUUUGACAAUAACGUCAAUGUUUGGAUUGGUCUUAUAAGCAUGAGAACAGAAAUGCUGCCAAAAUGCCUCUCUGAGUUUUCUGAGUUAAAUAGCUCAGGAACGUAUUCAUUGCCAUGGGAUACUGUCUGGGAAAACAGAGCAUGAAAAGGGGACAGGCACAAAUGAGGCAAAAAGCCCUACUUUCAACUCCCAUUUUAAGGUCUCGGCUCCAAGUUCUGAGCAGGGCUAAUGUAAUGUCAUAGAUUGUAGAGAACUGUCACCUCAUCUUUCUGAUGUCACUGGGGAUACUUUUGUUUGCAGAGAGGCUUUGUUGUUCAUUGAUGACUGGUUGUAAAUCUUAUUAAAGACAAUGGGAAUAUUUCAUUGACUCAGCUGAUCAGCCCAUGAGCACAAAUUUUGGAUUGCUUUAUUCCAAGUGGGACUGUUUUAAGUUUUCAAAGGAGCCAAAUUACUUUUGGCAUUAUGCCUGAAAUCACUUGAAUCCUGAAACUUUCCAACUUUGACAUUCAAGUUGUCACAUUUUCCAUUGCUCUAUCCUAUUUUCUUUUAUUUCAGUACAACUACAAAUCUAUUUGUGACUCUCUCCCUCUCCCUCUUGCUUCAAUAGACAAUUGUACAUAUACUUUGAUUCCAAGCUGUAUAUAUUUGUUUUAUGUAUUUAAGUUUAACUGGUUCUUUCUGAUAAACACUAAUUUUUAUUUAAAUAAAGGGAUCACUGUUUUGUGAA